CUUGGGCUGGGGCAGCUGGAGAGCUGCCGCCGUCAGUGUGGCACGUCGGCUGAAGAGAUGUUUUUGACAGGAGGCUUGAAAUCUCUCCUUCCCCAUGUGCUAAGAAGAAUAAUUCGAUGCAACAGACUCAGUAUUAGUAAUACUUCUGGAAUGGCGGAGGGCUAUAAACAGGCCAACGUCAUGAUUUUGCACAAGUCCCUGGCUGAUGACUUUGAGAAGUUUUGCCGUGCAAAUGAUGGACCCCUGCCGCUGCUAUACAGAAGUAAACCAGGUGAUUGGAAAUGUCCUCCUCUGAGUAGUGAUUCUGAUAUCAGAACUGACUGCCUACAGUACAGAAUGUAUGAGCACGGAGCUUAUACUGGAUCACUGAAAAGCCUAAAGGAGUAUUCUGAACAACUUAAGGACAUGGUGACUUUUUAUUUAGGCUGCAGCUUCUCUUUUGAAAAAGCAGUCCAAAAUGCUGGCAUUCCCAUAAGAAAUGUUGAGCAGAAACGUAAUGUAAGCAUGUAUAAGACAGCUGUGCCUUGCUACAGCAUUUCUACUUUUUGCUGCAACUUAGUAGUAACAAUGAGACCUAUUCCUGAAAGCAAGUUGGAAGCAGCUGUGCUGGCAACAUCUGAAUUAAAAGAAGCCCAUGGAGCACCAAUUCACAUGGGUGACCCUGGUCUGCUGGGAAUACAAGAUCUUUCCAAACCAGACUAUGGAGAUCCAGUUCACCUUCACCCUGGUGAUAUUCCAGUGUUUUGGGCCUGUGGAGUAACAGGAGUAGAAGCAGUCAUCAACUGCAGAGCUCCAUUAGCUUUUACUCAUGCUCCUGGCUGCAUGUUCGUUACCGACCUAAAGAAUGACAAUGUCACAGUCAGAUCCUCAAGAGAAGUCCCACAAGUCCACUGCAUUUCUCGAGAUCCUCUGCACUAUAGUAUUGUGUCAGCAGAAGCAGCGCAAAAGAUAAAGACUCUGGAGACCCUGAUUGGAAUAGAUCCAGGAGACCGGGGUAUAAUUCAUCUACAGCGCCAGGACGAGCUGCUGAAGGCUUGCCUGUCCAUCUCCCAUGCUCGGUCGGUGCUGAUAACAACUGGAUUUCCUACCCACUUCACUUAUGAGCCACCAGAAGAGAACGACGGGCCCCCGGGAGCCCUCGCUAUUGCAGCUAUAUUGCAGGCCUUGGAGAAAGAGGUUGCCAUAGUAACAGAUCAGAGAGCCAUGAAUCUGAAUAAAAAGAUUAUUGAAGAGGCUGUUCAACUAGGAAUCCUGAGGAGACCUGUCCCUCUAUUGAGUUAUCAAAGGGAAAGUGCUGAUUCAGCUUUAAUGUUUUUGUGUGAGAAUGGGAAUCCUGGAAGACCUAGAUUUGAUCACCUGAUAGCAAUAGAGCGUGCUGGGAUGGCUGCUGAUGGCAAUUAUUACAAUGCCAGGAAAGUUAACAUUAAACAUCUCGUGGAUCCUAUAGAUGAGCUAUUUUUAGCUGCACAAACCAUUCCAGGAGUCACAACAACAGGUGUUGGAGAUGGAGGAAAUGAAUUAGGAAUGGGCAAAGUAAAAGAUGCUGUAAAGAAGCACAUAAAAAAUGGAGAUGUUAUAGCUUGUGACGUUGAAGCUGAUUUUACUAUUGUAGCUGGAGUCUCUAACUGGGGAGGCUAUGCCAUUGCUUGCGCUCUGUAUAUUCUCAGCACUUGUGAAACACAUGACCGCUACCUGAGGAAAGCUGUUGGGUUUCCACACCUGCUGAAGAAGACGGUCUGGCUAUCGGCACUUCCAUCGGUUACCAAGCAACCAGAAUUCUCAUAAAAUCGUUAGAAAAAAGAGGACAGAGAGCAAAAAGCACGCAGAGAUCACAGAAGAUGCAGGAAAGGAAAGUAAUUGUGCAGCCCAUUCAGGUACUCUCUGUAACUUUUUUCCUGAUGUAUCCUCUUUCCCUUCUGUUCUUUUUCUUUAAAAAUGCAUCUGCAGCCAGCUGCUAUGCUGGGGAAACUACAGGUAGUUUUUUGCGAUACUUUGGGUGGAGGUUCUUCUGAUUCUGAUUUGUGCAAUAUAGGAACUUGAAACCAGGCAAAAAAGGAUUCAUGUUUCUGAAUUGACACUAAUGUGCUGUUUGAGGGAGUGUGGAAAACAAUAAUAUCAUUCAGUAAUUAAAUAGCAGUCAAGAAUAUAAGCCUUUUGACACUCCCUACAUUCCAGAUACUACACAUAUUCUUUGGGACAAGGAAAAAAAGGUGUUGUUAGCAAAUUGCUGUCAAAAUAAAUAUGGAGGAUGUGGUCAGUCUCCCCUAGAAUUAA